CCACACAUUUUCCUCAGUCGUUAACAGAAAGAACAAGAAACAUUUUUUUCAGUCUUUGUGUGUUGCCUCCUUUCCGAAGAGCGAUGGGGUUGCCAUUGUCUGGGAGAGGACUGUCCCUAAGUCUGAUUCUCCUCCUGUUAAAACUGUCAACAGCUGAGAUACCACUCUCAGUUCAACAGGUUCCAACAAUAAUAAAGCAGUCAUAUAUGCAAGUGGCCUUUCCCUUUGAUGAGUAUUUUCAAAUUGAAUGUGAAGCUAAAGGAAACCCAGAACCAAAAUUUUCGUGGACUAAAGAUGACAAGCCUUUUGAUCUUUCUGACCCUCGGAUAAUUGUGUCGAACAAUUCAGGCACAUUCAAGAUCCCAAAUGAGGGACACAUCUCUCAUUUUCAAGGAAAAUACCGCUGCUUUGCAUCUAAUAGACUCGGAACUGCCGUAUCAGAAGAAAUAGAGUUCAUAGUACCAGGUGUUCCAAAAUUCCCAAAAGAAAAAAUUGAACCCAUGGAUGUAGAAGAAGGGGAUUCCAUUGUCCUACCUUGCAACCCACCCAAAGGCCUCCCACCUUUGCACAUCUAUUGGAUGAAUAUUGAAUUAGAACACAUUACUCAAAAUGAACGAAUGUAUAUGAGCCAAAAGGGAGAUCUGUACUUUGCAAAUGUGGAGGAAAAAGACAGUCGGAAUGAUUACUGUUGCUUCGCCGCAUUUCCAAAAUUAAGGACAAUUGUACAAAAAAUGCCAAUGAAACUAACUGUGAACAGUUUAAAGCAUGCUAAUGGUUCAAGUUCAUCCACAGAAAAUAGUACCCAUGCAAAUUCCAUCAAGCAAAGGAAACCCAAACUUCUGUUGCCUCCUGCACAAAGUGGCAGCUCAUCCUCAAUGACUUUCCUCAAAGGGGAUACCCUGUUGCUGGAGUGUUUUGCAGAGGGCCUACCAACCCCAAAGGUCAAAUGGGCCAAACUUGGUAGUGAACUACCAGCAGGAAAUGAAACAGAAGUAACAGAAAAAAACAUGAUGAAGAUAGAAAACAUCUCCUACCAGGACGAAGGACAUUAUCGCUGUACAGCCAACAAUUUGUUGGGAAAAGCCAGUCAUGAUUUCCAUGUCAUAGUAGAAGAGCCUCCGAGCUGGAAAAAGAAACCUCAGAGUGCUGUGUACAGCACGGGGAGCAAUGGCAUCUUAUUGUGUGAAGCAGAAGGGUCACCUCAACCCACGAUCAAAUGGAGAGUCAAUGGCUUGCCAAUUGAAAACCAUCCAUUUCCUGGUGACGUUCUGUUCCCCAGGGAAAUCAGUUUUACAAACCUACAACCAAAUCAUACUGCUGUAUAUCAGUGCGAAGCCUCAAAUAUUCAUGGAACCAUACUUGCCAAUGCCAAUAUUGAUGUCAUAGAUGUUGUCCCACUGAUAAAAACUAAGAAUGAAGAAAAUUAUGCAACAGUGGUUGGAUACAGUGCUUUCUUACAUUGUGAAUACUUUGCUUCACCCAAGGCCACAGUGAUCUGGGAGGUGGCUGAUGAAGCACAUCCCCUAGAAGGGACCCGGUACCACACACAUGAAAAUGGCACACUGGAGAUCCACAGGACUACUGAGGAAGAUGCAGGGUCGUACUCUUGUUGGGUGGACAACGCGAUGGGAAAAGCCGUCAUCACAGCCAACUUGGAUAUUAGAAAUGCUACAAAGCUCAGAAUUUCUCCUAAGAACCCUCGCAUCCAUAAAUCACAUGUUCUUGAGCUACACUGUGAAAGCCAAUGUGACUCACAUUUGCAGCCCAGUUUAAAACUGUCCUGGAGUAAAGAUGGAGAGGUUUUUGAAAUUAAUGGCACAGAAGAUAGCAGAAUAGUGAUUGAUGGAGCGAAUCUGACCAUAUAUAACAUCUCAGCGGAGGAUCAGGGCAUUUACUCCUGUUCUGCCCAAACCACACUUGAUAGCACUUCUGAGGAAACUCAAGUCACAGUCCUGGGUGUUCCAGAUCCUCCAGGAAACCUUCUCUUGUCAGAAAGACAAAAUAGGAGUGUCCGGCUGUCCUGGGAAGCUGGAAAUGACCACAACAGCAAUAUCAGGGAGUACAUUGUAGAAUUUGAAGGGAACAGAGAGGAACCUGGAAAGUGGGAGGAGCUAACUAGAGUCCAAGGAGACGAGACAGAGGUUGUGUUACCUUUGGCUCCAUAUGUGAACUAUCAGUUCCGGGUCAUAGCUGUGAAUGAAGUCGGGCGGAGUCACGCAAGCCAGCCAUCUGACCAUCAUGAAACCCCACCAGCAGCUCCAGACAAAAAUCCACAGAACAUCAGGGUUCAAGCCUCUCAGCCCAAGGAGAUGAUUAUAAAAUGGGAGCCUUUGAAAUCCAUGGAGCAGAAUGGGCCAGGACUGGAGUACAGAGUGAGCUGGAAGCCCCAGGGAGCCCCUGAAGAAUGGGAAGAAGAAACAGUUACAAACCACACACUGCGCGUGAUGACACCUUCUGUCUAUGCUCCUUAUGAUGUUCAAGUCCAAGCCAUCAAUCAGCUUGGCUCUGGGCCUGAGCCUCAGUCAGUGACGCUCUAUUCAGGGGAAGACUAUCCUAGUACAGCUCCUGUGAUCCAUCGUGUGGAUAUUAUGAACAGUACAUUAGUCAAAGUUACCUGGUCAUCAAUUCCAAAGGAAACAGUACACGGACUCCUGAGAGGGUACCAGAUAAAUUGGUGGAAAACAAAAAGUCUGUUGGAUGGAAGGACACAUCCCAAAGAAGUGAACAUUCUUAGAUUUUCAGGACAGCGCAAUUCUGGAAUGGUUCCUUCCCUAGAUGCCUUUAGUGAAUUUCACUUAACAGUCUUAGCCUAUAAUUCCAAAGGAGCUGGUCCAGAGAGUGAGCCUUAUAUAUUUCAGACACCAGAAGGAGUGCCUGAACAGCCAAGUUUUCUCAAGGUCAUCAAAAUUGAUAAAGACACAGCCACUUUAUCCUGGGGCCUUCCUAAGAAACUAAAUGGAAAUUUAACUGGUUAUCUCUUACAGUACCAGAUAAUAAAUGACACCUACGAGAUUGGAGAAUUAAAUGAAGUCAAUGUUACUACUCCAUCUAAAUCCAGCUGGCAUCUCUCGAACCUCAAUGCAACAACCAAAUACAAAUUCUACUUGAGGGCGUGCACCUCAAAAGGCUGCGGAAAGCCAAUAAGUGAGGAAAGCGCCACACUGGGAGAAGGGAGUAAAGGUAUAAGGAAGAUAACAGAAGGAGUAAAUCUUACCCAAAAGAUUCACCCUGUAGAGGUACUUGUGCCGGGAGCGGAACACAUUGUUCACCUCAUGACUAAGAAUUGGGGUGAUAACGAUAGCAUUUUCCAAGAUGUAAUAGAGACAAGAGGGAGAGAGUAUGCUGGCUUGUAUGAUGACAUCUCCACCCAAGGCUGGUUUAUUGGACUGAUGUGUGCAAUCGCUCUUCUCACACUGGUAUUGUUAACUGUUUGCUUUGUGAAGAGGAACAGAGGUGGAAAGUAUUCAGUAAAAGAAAAGGAAGACUUACACCCAGAUCCAGAAGUUCAGUCAGCAAAAGAUGAAACAUUUGGUGAAUAUAGUGACAGUGAUGAAAAGCCUCUUAAGGGAAGCCUUCGGUCCCUGAAUAGGAACAUGCAGCCCACAGAGAGUGCUGACAGUUUAGUGGCAUACGGAGAGGGAGACCACUCAAUAUUCAAUGAAGAUGGAUCAUUUAUUGGGGCCUACACUGGAGCUAAGGAGAAAGGAUCUGUUGAAAGCAAUGGAAGUUCAACUGCCACAUUCCCACUCCGGGCAUAAGCCCAGCACAUUCAUGCACCAAGGCUGGCUAGCCCAGACCUCCCUAGUCUCUUCAGGGGAGCAAAGCCUUUUACACAGGAGUGGCAACACAUGUCUAGAGGUUGAUAUUCUGCAAAUUUGCUGAGAAAAAUAGCACUGCCUCCAAAAAGAAAAAAAAAAUCAGAUGCCAAGCACUUCAGGUCUGUGUUUCAUUUUUGGUUUUGUUUUCAGGUGCUCGAAAUGAGGAACACAAAACGAAUUCUGUACUUAGAUUCACUUUGACUUAAUCCAAAGUUCCUGUUUCACAUAGUUCACAUCUGCCCUGGUUCUCCUGUUCAGUGUGUGCACAUUGAUGUUGCUAGCUGUGUGGGUUUCUCUCUGGAUGCACAAUUGUACUCAGUUUUUAAAAAGUGUUUUAGUGACUUCAAUUCACUACAGGUUAAAAGAUUGUAAGCAAGCAAGCUGGUUAUUUAAAAUGUAAAAAGGAAAUAGAAUGUCUUAUUAUUAAACAAUCCAUGGAAUCUAUACAGUCUGAAGUUUUUAUUUAAAUUUUUAGUAGUAGAAGUCUUAGCUGACCAUACAACUCGUAUUUAUUGAGCUCCUGUUUGCACAGAGACUGCCAUCUCCACACAGGUUUAAUGCUUUCAAUUUCUAGAUGAUUGUUUUUAAUUUCUGUGAAUCAACUUU